AUGCUAUUCAGUGAAUUCCUCUCAAGUGAACACGAGCAGUUGUUCUGGACCUUUAUUCGUUAUGUAGCGGAAAAAUGCUCCUCUUUUGACUGCGACAAAGCAACUGAUGAGCAAAAAUACGAGCUCUCCCUUCAUCAGGCCUCUAAAUUGCUAUCUGAGGCCUCUGUGGAUCUGUUGAAGCUUUCAUUGUCACUUCGGGUCUUUUCACCUGCCGUACAGCUUUUUCAAAAGAUUGGUGCCGAUCAUGAGGUGCUAUGUCAUGCAUUCUUUGAUGUCCAUGGAAUAACAGGAUGUGAACCGAGCCAGCUGGAAAGUGCUGUUAAAACAGCCACAGAAAGAAUCGCUCCGGAACUCCUUUCUGUCGAUCACGUUUUUGACGUGGGCAAGGAAGCCGACGUAAUCGCUGUAGUUUAUGGAGAAAUUGGUUCAAAGCCUUGGUUACGACUUCACGAAAAGGCUGUGGAACUGGCCAACGCUCAAAAAUUGCGAUAUGUGUUCAGACAUUAUAAUGUGGCAACAUCCACCACGAGGAAGGUAUCUCUUUCGGGUUAUGGAGUCGAACUGGCUAUCAAAAAUACGGAAUACAAAGCGGUAGAUGAUAGCAAUGAAAAGAAAGAUGAAGGAACGGAACGUGAUGAAGAAAAUUUACAUGGAUUCAAUUUUAAACUGCUCAAGGAGCUCCAUCCGGACUCAAGCGACUCCCUUGAUGCGUUCAAGAUGCACUUAAGAGAAAUACAAGAAUUGGCUCCGUUGAAACAGUGGCAGGUCCAAGAUCUAUCCUUCAAGGCUUCCCAACUUAUCAUUAACAGAGGUAAUGAUAGUGCUAUUGAAAUGUUAAAACAGUUAUCACAAGAUUUUCCGCGUCAUGCAAGCGGAGUGAUCACUUGUGUCCUUUGUGCAGGUUUGGAGGCAGGCGAAUCGGCAUUAUUCCUCAAUGGAAUCAAUCUUGACAUUGACAGCUUGGACGCAUUUCAAUUGGUAGAUGUGAUAAAACAAGAAGAGCGGGUGUCAGCUGGGUUUUUUAAUAUGGGCAUCAAACGCGAGUAUUUGUCUAUUCUUGUCAAUAUGGAACUUUCCGAGGAGAAAACGAAUUACGCUGUGGACUACAGAGACGCGUUUCCUAUGUUUUUGAAUAACUUGGAUACAGAUAUUCGCUAUAAACAUUGGAGAAAUAGUGUCAAACUAUUACUUGAGCCUUAUUAUCCCGGGAUGAUUCGACCGAUAGCACGGAAUCUUUUUACUUUGGUAAGAGUGUCGUUUUUUCUUGUUAUAGCAGCCAAGUUACAUUCGAUAAUCGGGAUUGUUUUUGCUGUUAACGAUAGUAAGGAUGUAAGUGGAUUAAAUGAUAGUGGGGUUGCUGUGCUUAAUCUUUUCAAUUUUCUUGCCGUAGACAGUUCCUAUCAUGAAGCUCUUCAAACCGUUAACGAAAUGCUUGAUACGUACCGAACUCAUGAGAUUAUAGACCUUGCUGACAUCAAGGCGUGGUUUGAGUCAAACUAUCGCGAUGCCGUGUAUGAGGACGUAUUUGGACCAAAGACUGACUACGAUAAUGGGCGAACGACUGGAAUGGAAUUUUUGAAGCUCUCUGGAAUUGGAAAGGCACCGAAGGUCCUUCUAAAUGGAUAUGUACUCCAUGAUGCUGGUAUUACUGGUGAUAGAUUUGAAGAAACAGUGAUGCUGGAAGUGAUGCGCAUCACUCCAAAACUUCAGAACGCUGUAAUAAAUGGUCACCUGAAAGACCGAAUGAAUGUGGGAAAUUGGAUAAUGGAACAGAAGGAUGUUGUACCACGCCUUAAUUCUCGUAUUCUCGAUGCUGUGUUACAAAAGAAAUUUCUUGAGCUAACGGAUACGUCGUCAUGUAAAGCGAAGACAUUGUCUGAAUUUGUCGAACUCAGAAGUUCUCGAAAAGUACAGUGCAUCAUAGAGGAGAUGCAAUAUUUGAGAAAGGGCGAGGACGAACUUACAAUGCCCCUCACUUUGUGGGUAGUUGCUGAUUUGGAGACAGCAAAAGGGCGUGAGAUAGUAUACAAUGCUAUAAGACAUUUGAAACACAGCAAGAAGACGCGUCUUGGGAUUAUCAUGAAUCCAGCAGGUGUCUGUAAUGCGUGUGAGGAAAACAGUGUUUCUUUACUUGUUAAAGCAGCACUCAAACUACUUCCUCAUAACCAAGCCAAGCAGCUGGUCACAAAACUUGUAAAGCCGGAGUUCGCAGAUGCUCUUCAAAUGGGUACUAAACGGAAAUACCGCUCUAGCUUUGCUCGUGAGGUAGUUGGAUUGAGAUCUAAUCAACGCGCUGUUGUCGCCAAUGGGAUGAUUAUUGGGCCAUUUGAUGAAGAAGACGAAAUUGUUGAGCACGAUUUUGCACUGAUUGAAAAAGUUGUUGAAUCGCGAGGAGCUGAUGUACUAUUUAUACAGGUUAUUGCAUCUCACGUUGACAAAUGGAAGCCUGAUAAAGACGGUGCAACGUCAGAUGUUGUCAUGCGAAGCUUUGCAUUGGUACUAAAACAUGCUGUUCAGCGGAAGAGGACAUGGAUUGUAUUGGGUGACGACAAACAUAGUACAGUGACACUAAUAGCUGAGGAACCAAAACGUGCUACUAUGGACGUCGUCGCAGUAGUAGAUCCACUAUCCCGAAGCGCUCAAAAGCUCGCAUCAAUACUCGAAUUGUUGCGCAAGUCUAUAAACUGCGAUCUAAAAAUAGUACUCAAUCCGAAACCGAAGCUUAGUGAAAUGCCGCUUAAAAGAUUCUACCGCUAUGUUGUAUCACCUGAAUUCCAGUUCGAUAAAUAUGGUAACAUUGUUGUGAAUCAGGCCAGGUUCACUGACCUACCUUCUAAGCAGUUGCUGACACUUUCAAUUAAAUCCCCAGAUGCAUGGAUGGUAGAAAACAUUUUUGCAGAAUACGAUCUUGAUAACAUUAAAAUGGAGCAGGUUUCUUCGGACGUAGUAGCACUCUUCUCAUUAGAGCAUAUUCUCUUGGAAGGUCACUGCUUUGAUGAAGUAUCGGGGUCACCACCCCGUGGAUUGCAAUUUGUGCUGGGAACUGCUAGUGAUCCUACACAAUUCGACACUAUUGUGAUGGCGAAUCUCGGAUAUUUUCAGCUAAAGGCCAAUCCUUGUGCCUGGUUGUUGCAACUACGCGAGGGGAAAUCAAGAGAGAUUUAUGAAAUCUCUAGCCAUACCAAUACCGAAGGAAGUAAGGGCCAGGCCAUUAGUGUUCUAAUUGAUUCGUUCUCUGGUAGAACAAUUCGUCUACGCGUUUCGAAAAAGGAAGGAAUGGAACAGCGUAGCCUCCUAUCAGACGAAAGUGACGAUAGUGGCAACCUUUGGAGUUCUAUUAGCAACAGUCUGAAUAGAGAAACACAUGAGACGAUCAAUGUAUUUUCUCUGGCAUCUGGUCAUCUUUACGAAAGAUUUUUGAACAUUAUGAUGCUCUCCGUUAUGAAGCAUACUCGAAAGCCAGUGAAAUUCUGGUUAUUAAAAAAUUAUUUAUCUCCUCAAUUUAAGAGAAAUUUGCCUGUGUUAGCAUCUGAAUAUGGAUUUGAUUAUUCCCUCGUGGAAUACAAGUGGCCUCGCUGGUUGCAUCAACAGAAAGAGAAGCAUAGAAUCAUGUGGGGUUACAAAAUCCUCUUUCUUGACGUUCUGUUUCCUCUGGAUGUGCAGAAGAUUAUAUUUGUGGAUGCCGAUCAAGUUGUCCGUGCUGACCUUAUGGAAUUAAUGGAAUUUGAUCUUGGUGGUGCACCUUACGGCGCGCUAUAUGUUAUUGACUUGCAAAAGUUUCGACAAAUCGCGGCUGGAGACCGUCUACGUGGUCAGUAUCAAGGUCUUAGUAGCGAUCCGAACACAUUUGUUCAGGACCUUCCAAAUAACAUGAUCCACCAGGUUAAAAUAAAAUCCUUGCCGCAACAGUGGUUAUGGUGUGAGACGUGGUGUGAUGAUUCCUCCAAGGACAAAGCAAAAACAAUCGAUCUCUGUAACAAUCCCUUGACAAAAGAGCCAAAAUUGGACUCUGCGAUUCGCAUUAUUCCCGAAUGGAGAGAAUAUGAUUCUGAAAUAAAGAACGUAUUAAGUAAGGGUAGGCAGAAGAACGUAUCAAGUGCAUCUGAGCACCAUGAGUUGAUGUCAACUCGGCUUGCUCGUCUUUGGCAGCCUGGAAAUCCUCCGAAUUAUAUCUUUCUUCCGGAUUUCUGGUUGGCCGUAGUCACAAGUCCCUCUGUUGGAAAGCACAGACUGCCUAAAAAUUGUGUUAAAUUUCAGGUAGAUCCAAGAAUGACGAAAACUGACAUCAAGGAGUACCUCACGAAGAUUUAUAAUUUGCCGGUGAGAAGUGUACGAACGGAGGUGCAAAUGGGUGAUAUUUUAUGGAGUACCCCUGCUGAUUACCAAAACAGAAAAGCGAUGUGGAAGGACGACGACAAGAAGUUCGCAUAUGUUUUCAUGUGCAAGGAUUUUGAAUUUACUUAUCCAAAUAUAUUCCAUAUGGACGAAGAGCUGGAAGAUUUGGAAAAGCUGAAGCAACAGCAGGGAAAACUCAAUGUGAAUAGUACUUUUGUUAAUCGCGAUAGAAAGAAGAUUGGAGAGUUUUUCGGAAUUUGA